AUGGCUUCUUCAUCUGAACGUUCGUUGCUUCCUAUUGAUAUAAUAGAAGAUAUCUUUUGUAGGAUUCCAGUAGAAUAUUUGACGCAAUUCAAACUGACGUGCAGACAAUGGCAUGCACUCUUGAAGGACAAGAGAUUCAUUUACAAACACUUGGAUCUUUUCCAAGAUCAAGAACGUUUCAUGAGAAUCGAUCAUACGGUUCAGAUCAUCGAUCCGGUGAACGUAGCUCGCUCAUCUUCACCAGUUCCGGACGUGUUUCACGAUGUAGCUCAAAUCUCAGCUAUGGUCCAUUGUGAUGGAUUGUUGUUAUGUAGAUGCAAGAACAUGAGUUCAAGAGGCUGCAAACUCGUAGUUUGGAACCCGUUCUUGAACCGAGUCAAAUGGAUCGAGCCAAUGGAUUUUUAUUCGAGUAAUGACUUCUACGGUAUUGGAUAUGACAGUGUAUGUCGUGAUGAGUACAAAGUUUUAAGGAUUUUCGAUGGAGAGCUUGAUGAAGAUGAGAGUGAAAUCGCGGGAUCUUGUGAACCAAAGAUUCAGAUUUAUGACUUUAAAUCUGAUUCGUGGAGACUUGUUGAUGAUACUACUUUGGAUUGGUCUAUAGAUCCGCCUUGCAAAGGUGUGUCUGUGAUAGGAAACAUGUAUUGGGUUGCACAUUGGAACAAUAGACCCGAACUUUUCAUCCAAAGUUUCGAUUUCUCGACAGAGACAUUUAAAGUCGUUAGCGAUCUUCCAUUUGAGUGUGAUGUGUUAGAUAUAGCAGCCUUAUCGAGUUUCCGAGGAGAAAGCCUAUCUUUGUUAUAUCAGCAUGAAGAAACAAUGAAGAUCGAGGUUUGGAUCACAAACACUUUAAGCGAUGAGGUUGUCUCGUGGACCAAGUACUUAGACGUGAGUGGUUUCGAUCUCCCGACAUUACAUACCGAUAAAGAUCUCGCACAUCCAAGUUAUAUCAUUGACACGAAUGAUAGUAUCAUGGUAUGGUGUGAGGAGAGGACUGAAGAUGAAACAAAUGAUGUAUGCGUUAGCGUUUGCAAGAUUAGUAAAGAUGGGACAGUUGAGAAACAAGUUGAUGCGGGACGAUGUGAUGUGUGUGGCGAUGAUGAUAGGCCUUUUGUCUGCCGUUAUGUAUAUGUUCCAAGUCUAGUUCCGGUUCCGGAAUAG